AAUGGGAAAUUCCAUCGGAGACCCCCAGGGAGCUCCCAGGGAAGAUCUGCGGCAGCAGGAGGGUGCAGGAUGUUGCCUCCAGCCGGGCCCAUGGAUGCGGAGGGGAUGAGGGAUCCCGGCGGCACUGGAAGGAGGAGAUCUGCCGGAUCCUGGGGGAAAUCCAGGCACCGCUGUCCCCUCUGCUCCUGAGGCUGUGCCACUGGAUGCUCCCCAAGCUGCUGAGCCGUCUGUUCCUGAGUGUGCAGCUGCAGCGGGGGCAGCUGGAGAUGGUGCUCCGGGCUGCCAGGACGCCCGAGGUGCCGCUGGUGUUCCUGUGUACCCAGCAAUCCCAGCUGGAUGGGCCGCUCCUGUCCUUCCUCCUCCUCUCGCAGGGCAUCGGGGCCCCCAGGGUGACAGUGGGCACCCGGAUCAGCCCUGGCCUCCGGUCCCUGCUGCAACGCCUGGGAGGGAUUUUCCUGCCUUCGGGAAUGGCGCAGGCACAGAGUGAGCGGGAUGAGGGGCUGCCGGGCGCUGUCCUGGAUGCGUACGUGCAGGAGGUGCUGCGGAGCCGCCAGCCCCUCGUCAUCUUCCUGGAGGAGCCCCUGGGUUUGCUGCGGCUCUCGGAUCCCGCCCGGCGCUGGCUGCUCCGGGUGCUGCGGGCGCUGCGGGACGGAGCCGUGCCCGACGUGCGCAUCGUCCCGGUGGGAAUUGCCUACGACGUGGCUCCCGGCAGAGCGGGGCGGGAUGGAGCGCCCACUCAGCCCCUCAGAAUCACCGCGUGUCUCCGGGCAGCAUUCCAGGCCCUGCGCCGGCCCCGUGGCUGUGCCCGGGUAGAUUUCUCCCAGCCCUUCUCCUUACGGGAAUUUGUGGAGAACAACCUGGUGGGGCCGAUGCUCAGCGGGAAUCGGCCGGAGCAGCUGCUGCUUCCCACCAUCCUUGGCACGUGCGUGCUGGAUGUGGGGAACGUGGGCGCUUUGGGUGCCGGUGUGGGGACAGAAGAGGAGAUUUUGGUGACGGCGCUGGGGCUGCACACACUGAGCGAUUCCAGCACCUGCUCCGCCGUCAUGGCUGUGGGAAUCACGGCGGCGCUGCUGCUCCACAGGCACCGGGAGGCCGUGCUGCUGCCCCGGCUGAUGCGGGAUUUCUCGGGGCUGCUGGAGCAGCUCCUGCUGCGGGGCCGGGCCGUGGGAUUCCGCGGGCAGCUGCGGGCGCUGGUGCUGCACAGCCUGCGGCAGCUGCAGCCCCCCGGGGCCGGGCUGGGGCCCCCGGAGGCCUCGGCACGGGGGCAGCUGGUGCGGCUGGCGGGGGGUGUCCGGCAGCGCCUGGGCGGGGAGGCGGCGGGGGGUGAGAGAGCCGGGGGGCACCGGGGACAGCGGGGACGGGGGGCAGCAGGGAUGGGGGUGCCGGGCACUGGGGGGAUCAGAGAAGUCAGCAGCUGGUGA